CAACACAUCUCCUGCCACCAUGUCCUACAACUGCUGCUCUGGAAACUUCUCCUCCCAGUCCCUUGGGGGAUACCUGCGCUACCCAGGAUCUUUCUGCGGCUCAUCUUACCCCAGCAACCUGUUCUGCAGCACUAACCUCCAGUCUCCUGGCACAUACCAGCUGGGCUCCUCCCUCUCCAGUGGCUGUCAAGAGACCUGCUGUGAGCCCACCAGCUGCCGGACGUCCUACCUGGUGUCCAGACCUUGCCAGACAUCCUGCUACCCCUCGAGGACCUCCACACUUUUCAGUCCCUGCCAGACAACUUAUACAGGGUCUCUGGGCUUUGGCUCCAGCGGCUUUCAAUCUUUUGGUUGUGGCUCUCCCUCUCUAGGCUUUGGAUUGGGUGGUUUCCAGUCAGUGGGCUGUGGUCCCAGUGCCUUUUCAUCCCUGGGCUGUAGAUCCAGCUUUUACCGUCCACUCUACUACUCUUCUAGAAGCUGCCAGUCUGCUUUCUACCAACCAACCUGUGGAUCUGGCUUCUACUAAUCUUAUGUUGGAACAUAAUACCUACUAUUUCUAGAAAUUUACCACAAUACCAACUAUGUCAAGAUCCAUGCUAUCUAUUGAUGUCUGUCCUUAUCAUUAGCUUACAAAUUUGACUUCUAUUGUGACCUUCUAUGGUUUAGAAAUAAUUUGCACUCCAGUAGUUGGAAAAUACAUUCAUGGAAGAAAGAUGUUGAAGCAACUUUCUUAUAGUUAUAUAUGCAAUAUUGAAACAUAUUUCUUUUUAAAUUUUUCUUAAUAUCUCCUAGUUAUUUCUCCUAGUACAUCUGUUUCAAAUUUGGAAAUGGAAAAUGGAAAAAUCUAAGUUUAAAUAAA